UUUAAGUCAAUAGCUGAAGCCCAAGAAAGCUACCAUAUCUAUACAUAUCCAUAGUUCAAACCCAGACACCCUGCCAAACAAAAAAGAAGACUACAAUAAUUGCAUAAUUUACAAAUUAGUAAACCAACUAGAAGAACAAUGUGACAACGCCACAGAGAAUUGACAACGUCACAGUCUUAUAAGAGAAAGGUCUAACAUCAUACUUGAAUACUUUUCAAUUAAAUGAGCAUAAACUCACCCCCAUCCCCUGACCUUCCAAACAUACCUCAAGCCAAUACAAGGACAAUAGCCAAACAAUCAGCCAGUGACAUAUGUAGCGCCUCUGGUCCGUGCAUGCUCGUAUGCCUACACCCGCACUGUAAAUCUUCAUCCGACCGAUAAUGUAAAUAAAUAUAUUAAUAUGGUUUUUUAGUGUUUUUAAAUGACGUGAUUACAAACUCUGCUGCUGAAGAUGCCACACCUGUAGCGAAAUUUACUCAAGCUUAAACAUCUACAAUCUUCGAGAAUCUGGCAAUGAUGAGAUAUUAGCCAAGUUGUAAUUUUCAAACAGAAAGAAAGAACCUAAAAGAAAGUGAUUAAUCUAACACAAUCAUAGAUUGGAGAACUUGAAUAAGGUGAUGGCUUCUCAAAGUGAAAUUUCUACAUUCGACACUGUAGAACACUUUUUUGGCGUGUACUUACUGUAUAGUUUACAUGAAAAGUACAAAGGAAGAACCUAUAUUGGAUUUACAGUAGACCCCAAUAGACGAAUAACUCAACACAAUAAAGGUUCUCAGUCAGGAGGAGCAAGGCGUACUAACAAUAGAGGACCUUGGGAAAUGGUCCUGAUUGUACAUGGAUUUCCCAACGAUAUAUCUGCACUAAGGUUUGAAUGGGCUUGGCAACAUCCAAAAAGAUCUAGACGUUUAAGAGAACUUCAUCGGAAGAAGCCAAGAGAAAAUCAAUUCCAAUAUUGUUUGAGGAUUCUACUGGAGAUGCUAAGAAUGGGACCUUGGAGCAAAUUGCCUUUAACAGUUCGUUGGUUGGCCGAGGAGUUUUACCAAGAAUUUCCAGUAGACAAAUGUCCUCCAAUGCAUAUGCCAAUCACUAUUGGUCCAGUUCGCUCUAAGAAGGUGAUAACAAGUACUACUGAGGUCCCAACAAGUUCUACCAAAACCUGUCUUAUUUGUAAUGAGACAAUCCCAAUUGAAGAUUUGGUGCAAUGUGUCACACCUGGGUGUUCACUCCACAGUCAUCUUCUUUGCCUUGCGUCAUUGUUCAUUGGAAACAACUCCCAAAACCUUCUACCUGUCGAGGGAUAUUGCCCACAGUGCAACACAUAUGUACUCUGGGGAGAUAUUAUAAGGAAAAGAAUUGGCUGCAUUAUAGACUCUAAAUAAUAACCUGUGUGUUGGAAAUUAAUUUGAAUUUAUAACAACUGAGUCUGAUCUUUGGUACCAUCCAAACUCAUAAUUCUUUUGGGUUCAAUCAGUUUCACCUGGCAUAUUGAGAAGCUGGAUUCACAAGAAGCAUAAGAAUGGCUGAAAUCCUUCUUUUGCAGCAUGAACCACACCACCAAAACAUCUCCCACCAGUACAGGAUUUCUAGGGGAAAACAGUAUAAGAAUAAGAAUAAGAACUUUAUUCAGCCAGAAAAUAUUUCAUACAAAUACAUUGGCUUGUCAAUUUUAUAAAUAAAUAAUAUUCAACAGAAGUCCUUAACAGUCCAUUGUCUUGACAUAUACUCUUCUAUAGAAUA